AUGAGAAGGUUCCAGAAUGAGCAACAACCAAGUAAAAGACAGAACACUUUACAAACUAAUGAACCUGAAAGUAGUGUCUCCAUCAACAAUAACAACAAAGAAACUCCAGUUAUUAUGGAUGUUAACCCUCUUCUGCUCGAUAAAGAAAAGGGUAAAAAAGUUUCAACAGGUGAAACAACUUUAGUUGUCACUCCUGAAUAA